GCUCCACACAUACAGGAACAUGCCAGUGCUGUGUGUGACAGGGAGUGUUCUUUCAGCACAGCACGACAACAAGAGGAGAAAACUAAUCCAGGGCUUCACAUGGAAAGCUUUCAUUUCUAAGAGGAACAAACUGUUCUUUCUCUUUAACAGGGCGGGGAAUCAUGGCUGCAGAACAAGAGGCUAAAGAAACUGUUUCUCAAGAGCUGCACAGCGCCUCUGAGCUGAGGAUCGUGCUGCUUGGGGGACGCUUGACUGGAAAGAGUACAGCAGGAAACACCAUCCUGGACAGAGAGGAGUUUAGGUCUGGAUUAAGCUCCUCUGCAGGAACGAAAGAGUGCGAGAAGAGAACAGAAGAAGUGUCUGGGAGACGGGUCACUGUGGUCGACACUCCAGACUUGUUAUACACAGACCGGAUCAAGAUUGAGAGAUGUGUUUCUCUGUCUUCCCCGGGACCCCACGCUUUCCUCCUGGUGAUACGCGUGUAUCCAAAAAAAAUGAUUGACAGUCGCACUGCAUUGUCAGAGUCUCUAGUAAAACCAGAUUGUGAUGCCUUUGAUAAAGUCCAGCAGCUGUUUGGUGAGAGAGCUGUAAGGAACACGAUGAUCCUUUUCACCCGCGGGGAUGUUCUGACAGGCAGGACGAUUGAGCAGUACAUUGAGGAAUCUGGUGAGGAGCUCCAGCAGCUUGUUGAGAAAUGUGGGAACAGGUAUCAUGUUUUCAACAAUAAGAACAGGAGCGAUCGCACUCAGGUCACACAGCUCCUGGACAACAUAGACAACAUGGUGAGGGGAAGUGGAGGCUGCUACCUCCCAAUAUCUUCUGAGAUUUACCAGGAGGUAGAAGAAAGGAUUAGACUAAAGGAGCAGGAGCUAAAUGAGAAACACAAAGAGGAGCUGAGGAGGAGAGAAGAGGAGAGGAAACAGAAAUAUGAGGAGGAACAGAGGAAGAGAGAAGAGGAGAUGAAACAGAAAUAUGAGGAGGAACAGAGGAGGAGAGAAGAGGCGAUGAAACAGAAAUAUGAGGAGGAACAGAGGAGGAGUGAAGAGGAGAUGAAACAGAAAUAUGAGGAGGAACAGAGGAGGAGAGAAGAGGAGAUGAAACAGAAAUAUGAGGAGGAACAGAGGAGGAGAGAAGAGAUGAAACAGAAAUAUGAGGAGGAACAGAGGAGGAGAGAAGAGAUGAAACAGAAAUAUGAGGAGGAACAGAGGAGGAGAGAAGAGGAGAUGAAACAGAAAUAUGAGGAGGAACAGAGGAGGAGAGAAGAGAUGAAACAGAAAUAUGAGGAGGAACAGAGGAGGAGAGAAGAGAUGAAACAGAAAUAUGAGGAGGAACAGAGUAAGAGAGAAGUGGACAUGAAACAGAAAUAUGAGGAGGAACAGAGGAGGAGAGAAGAGGAGAUGAAACAGAAAUAUGAGGAGGAACAGAGGAGGAGAGAAGAGAUGAAACAGAAAUAUGAGGAGGAACAGAGGAGGAGAGAAGAGAUGAAACAGAAAUAUGAGGAGGAACAGAGUAAGAGAGAAGUGGACAUGAAACAGAAAUAUGAGGAGGAACAGAGGAGGAGAGAAGAGGAGAUGAAACAGAAAUAUGAGGAGGAACAGAGGAGGAGAGAAGAGAUGAAACAGAAAUAUGAGGAGGAACAGAGGAGGAGAGAAGAGAUGAAACAGAAAUAUGAGGAGGAACAGAGGAGGAGAGAAGAGAUGAAACAGAAACAUGAGGAGGAACAGAGUAAGAGAGAAGUGGACAUGAAACAGAAACAUGAGGAGGAACAGAGGAGGAGAGAAGAGGAGAUGAAACAGAAAUAUGAGGAGGAACAGAGGAGGAGAGAAGAGGAGAUGAAACAGAAAUAUGAGGAGGAACAGAGUAGGAAAGAAGAGAUGAAACAGAAAUAUGAGGAGGAACAGAGUAGGAGAAAAGAGGAGAUGAAACAGAAAUAUGAGAAGGAACAGAGGAGGAGAGAAGAGGAGCUGAAGGAGAAGUUGAGGAAGCAAAUGAAGGAAGAGGAGCUGGAGAAAGAGGCAGAGGAAUCCAAGCUGCCUGUUGGGAGAAGGAAGAGCAAGGAGCUUGUCAUCCCCAACAGGCAGGGAAUCAUGGCUGCAGAACAAGAGGCUGAAGAAACUGUUUCUCAAGAGCUGCACAGCGCCUCUGAGCUGAGGAUCAUGCUGCUUGGGGGAUGGUGGCAUGAGAAGUGUGAAGCAGGAAACACCAUCCUGGGCAGAGAGGAGGGUAGAUCUGCAUUCAGUGUCUCUGCAGUAACGAGGGAGUGUGAGAAGAGAACAGGAGAAGUGUCUGGGAGACGGGUCACUGUGGUCGACACUCCAGACUUGUUAGACACAGACCGGGUUGAGAUUGAGAGAUGUGUUUCUCUGUCUGCCCCGGGACCCCACGCUUUCCUCCUGGUGAUACCCGUGUAUCCAAAAGAAAUGAUUGACACUCUCCGUGAGUCUAUAGUAGAACGGUAUUGCAAAUCCUUUGAUAAAGUGCAGCAGCUGUUUGGUGAGAGAGCUGUGAGGAACACGAUGAUCCUUUUCUCCUUCGGGGAUCAUCUGGAAGGCAGGACGAUUGAGCAGCACAUUGAGGAAGCUGGUGAGGAGCUCCAGCAGCUUGUUGAGAAAUGUGGGAACAGGUAUCAUGUUCUCAACAAUAAGGACAGGAGCAAUCGCACUCAGGUCACACAGCUCCUGGACAAGAUAGACAGCAUGGUGCAGGGGAGUGGAGGCUGCUACACCAUGGAGAUGUACCUGGUGGAGAAAAUUAGACUAAAGGAACAGGAGCUGAAUGAGAAACACAAAGAGGAACUGAGGAGGAGAGAAGAGGAGAGGAAACGGAAAUAUGAGGAGGAACAGAGGAGGAGAGAAGAGGAGAUGAAACAGAAAUAUGAGGAGGAACAGAGGAGGAGAGAAGAGGAGUUGAAACAGAAAUAUGAGGAGGAACAGAGGAGGAGAGAAGAGGAGAUGAAACAGAAAUAUGAGGAGGAACAGAGGAGGAGAGAAGAGGAGAUGAAACAGAAAUAUGAGGAAGAACAGUGUAGGAGAGAAGAGAUGAAACAGAAAUAUGAGGAGGAACAGAGGAGGAGAGAAGAGGAGCUGAUGGAGAAGUUGAGGAAGCAAAUGAAGGAAGAGGAGCUGGAGAAAGAGGCAGAGGAAUCCAAGCUGCCUGUCAGGAGAAGGAAUAGCAAUGAGGCUAUCCCUCCCAACAUGUCUGGAGGUGAAGGAGAGGCUCCCCUUGCAGAUACCCAAGCGCCUCCCAGCCCCCCUGAGCUGAGGAUGGUGCUGCUUGGGAAGACUGGGGCUGGGAAGAGUGCAGCAGGAAACACCAUCCUGGGCAGAGAGGAGUUCAGAUCUGAAGCCAGCUCCUCUGCAGUAACGAGGGAGUGUGAGAAGAGAACAGGACAAGUGGCUGGGAGACGUGUUGCUGUGAUCAACACUCCAGAGCUCUCUCAGGACAAACUCCAGAUUAGGAGCUGUGUUUCUCUGUCUUCCCCGGGACCCCACGACAAAAGCUGCUACACCAUGUCUGAAAGCAAAGUGGAGAACGAAUCAGAGGAAUCCAAGCUGCCUGUCAGGAGAAGGAAUAGCAAAGAGCUCAUCAACCCCCACAGGCGGGGAAUCAUGGCUGCAGAACAAGAGGCUGAAGAAACUGUUUCUCAAGAGCUGCACAGCGCCUCUGAGCUGAGGAUCGUGCUGCUUGGGGGAGGAAAGACUGGGAAGAGUGUAGCAGGAAACACCAUCCUGGGCAGAAAGGAGUUUAGAUCCGGAUCCAGCUCCUCUGCAGGAACACAGGAGUGUGAGAAGAGAACAGGAGAAGUGCCUGGGAGACGGGUCACUGUGGUCAACACUCCAGGCUUGUUAGACACAGACCGGGUCGAGAUUGAGAGAUGUGUUUCUCUGUCUGCCCCGGGACCCCACGCUUUCCUCCUGGUGAUACCCGUGUAUACAAAAGAAAUGAUUGACACUGUCCGUGAGCCUAUAGUAGAACAAUAUUGCAGAGCCUUUGAUAAAGUGCAGGAGCUGUUUGGUGAGAGAGCUGUGAGGAACACGAUGAUCCUUUUCACACGCGGGGUUUGUCUGGAAGGCAGGACGAUUGAGCAGUACAUUGAGGAAGCUGGUGAGGAGCUCCAGCAGCGUGUUGAGAAAUGUGGGAACAGGUAUCAUAUUCUCAACACUGAGGACAGGAGCGAUCGCACUCAGGUCACACAGCUCCUGGACAAGAUAGACAACAUGGUGAAGGGAAACGGAGAUGGCUAUUUCACCAAUGAGAUGUACCAGCAAGCAGAGAGAUGGAAUAGACUAAAGGAACAGGAGCUGAAUGAGAAACACAAAGAGGAGCUGAGCAGGAAAGAAGAGGAGAUGAAACAGAAAUAUGAGGAGGAACAGAGGAAGAGAGAAGAGGGGAUGAAACAGAAAUAUGAGGAGGAACAGAGGAGGAGAGAGGAGGAGAUUAAACAGAAAUAUGAGGAGGAUCAGAGGAAGAGAGAAGAGGAGAUGAAACAGGAAUAUGAGGAGGAACAGAGGAAGAGAGAAGAGAUGAAACAGAAAUAUGAGGAGGAACAGAAGAGGAGAGAAGAGGAGCUGAUGGAGAAGUUGAGGAAGCAAAUGAAGGAAGAGGAGCUGGAGAAAGAGGCAGAGGAAUCCAAGCUGCCUGUCAGGAGGAGGAACAGCAUUGACUUCCCCAUUCCCAACAUGUGUGGAGAAAUAAACUUGACCUGUUAUUUUUCAGUGUCUGGAGGUGAAGGAGAGGCUCCCCUUGCAGAUACCCAAGCGCCUCCCAGCCCCCCUGAGCUGAGGAUGGUGCUGCUUGGGAAGACUGGGGCUGGGAAGAGUGCAGCAGGAAACACCAUCCUGGGCAGAGAGGAGUUCAGAUCUGAAGCCAGCUCCUCUGCAGUAACGAGGGAGUGUGAGAAGAGAAAAGGACAAGUGGCUGGGAGACUUGUUGCUGUGAUCGACACUCCAGAGCUCUCUCAGGACAAACUCCAGAUUAGGAGCUGUGUUUCUCUGUCUGCCCCGGGACCCCACGCUUUCCUCCUGGUGAUACCGGUGGGCCGAUUCACAGAGGAAGAGAGGAGAGCAGUGGAGACAGUCCAGGAGAUAUUCAGUGAUGAGGCUGUGAGGAGGUACAUGAUGCUCCUUUUCACACACAGUGACAAACUGAAAGGCAAGACCAUUGAGGAUUAUAUUCAGACAGGCAGCAAGGAGCUCCAGCAGCUUGUUGAGAAAUGUGGGAACAGGUAUCAUGUUCUCAACACUGAGGACAGGAGCGAUCGCACUCAGGUCACACAGCUCCUGGACAAGAUAGACAACAUGGUGAAGGGAAACAAUGGCAGCUACUACACCAGUGAGAUGUACCAGCAAGCAAAAGAAAGGGCUGGAGAAGUGAGGAUAGGGAAGAAGAGAGGUGAGCAGAUUGACAGGGUGGGGUAUGAAAAGAGCAAACUGCUAAAAGAGAGGCCAGGAGAGCUGGAGCUACAACUGGAGCUGAGGAGAGAGAGGGAGAGAUCCAGAGUGCUGGAGAGGGAGCUGAGGAGAGCACAAGAGGGGGAGCAAGAGCUGAAGAAAGAGAGGGAGAAAAGAAGAGAGCUAGAGGAGUAGCUGGAGCUGAUGAGAGAGAGGGAGAAAAGGAGAGAGCUGGAGGAGG